AGAGCCAAAGAUGUCGGCUCGGUCAUGUGAUCAGCUGUGUCCAAUCACAGCUGAUCACAUGUACACUGAUCAUCAGGGCACUGAUGAUCAGUGUGCCCUGAUGAUCAGUGUGGCCCCAGAAGUGCCCCCUGUCAGUGCUGAUCAGUGCCACAUCAAUGCCACAUAUCAGUGCCCAUCUGAGCUGUCUUUCAGUGCCACCUAUCAAUGCCAAUCAGUGCCACCUAUCAGUGCCAGUCAGUGCCGCCUAUCAGUGCGCAUCAGUGCCGCCUAUUAGUGCCAGUCAGUGCCGCCUAUCAGUGCCGGUCAGUGUUGCCUAUCAGUGCUGCCUAUCAGUGCCAGUCAGUGCUGCCUAUCAGUGCCGCCUAUCAGUGCCAUAUAUCAGUGUCAUAUACCAGUGCUGCCUUUCAGUGCCCAUCAGUGAUGCCUGUCAAUGCCCAUCAGUGCAACCUACCAGUGCCUCCUCAUCAGUG